AUGAUCCUCAGUCUUGGUCUUGUGAGUAAAAUUCGAGAUGCGGAACGACAUCGCCGUAAACUUACGAAUGUCAGCAUGAAUAAUCUGUCUUCAAGCGAUGUCAAGCAUCCCAUGCCGAAAAAAAUAUGUGUCAACAAGAAAGCACCACCCACACCAAGCAAUUUCAACUUCACUCAAUUGCAGUUGCAAAGAAUAAGCAUCAACAAUUUUGGGAGUAAGGAAUACGCUCCGCUUUCGACCGAAGGCGACGAACGUCGCGAAGAGUGCGUGAGUUCCGGCACGGAUGACAGCCAUCAGCGGGUUCAACGGCUCUAA